AAUUUUCGACUUGAUUUGAUUUGGAGGGAUUUCGGCCCCUAAAUAAUGCACGUAAAGGUCCCAGCUAACUAUUUUGCAGUACAACUUCUUUAAUCUAUCUUCUGACUAUUUGCCUCAUCAUAACAUGCACUUCAGUUCUUAAGAUAGCAAAGGGGAAAAAAAAUUUUUGUUUUGUUUGGAGGAAAGGACUCAUCUUGAAGCAGAAACCAUGAAGAAUCAUGAGCAAAAGGCCACAAGACCAGAGCCCAAACAUAGAGGAAUUAAAGCUAUGCCCUUUGUCAUAGGAAAUGAAACUUUUGAGAAGCUUGGAACCAUUGGAACCUCAUCCAAUCUCUUGAUUUAUUUGACUUCUGUUUUCCACAUGAAGACCAUCACUGCCGCCAAUAUCAUCAACAUCUUCAAUGGCACUUGCAACUUUGGUACUUUGGUUGGAGCUUUCCUUUGUGAUACUUAUUUCGGCCGCUACAACAUGCUCGGGUUUGCUUCAGUUUCUUCUUUCCUGGGCAUGUUGAUGCUUACGCUAACAGCUGCAAUCCACAAUCUGCACCCCCCUGCAUGCGGCGAUGGCAGCAUAUGCGCCAGCCCAACACUAUGGCAGAUGGCAUUUUUGUUAGGCGGUUUUGCACUGCUAGUAAUAGGGGCUAGUGGCAUUAGACCAUGUAAUUUAGCCUUCGGAGCUGAUCAGUUCAAUCCCAAAACAGAGUUUGGGAGAAGAGGGAUCAAUAGUUUCUUCAAUUGGUAUUAUUUGACCUACACUUUCGCCAUGAUGGUGUCACUCACAAUCAUAGUCUACGUUCAAUCCAACAUGAGCUGGUCUAUUGGACUAGGGAUUCCAACGUUUCUCAUGUUCCUGUCUUGUGCACUCUUCUUCUUGGGCACAAGAAUUUAUGUUAUCGUUUUGCCGGAGGGAAGUCCAUUGGUCAGUGUAGCUCGAGUUGUAGUUGCUGCAAUCAGGAAAAGGAAAUUACAGCUGCCGGAGGAACCUAAGCAGUCCCUUUUUAGAAGUUUCUCUACCGCAAGUUCCAUCAAUGCAAGGCUUGCUUAUACAGAUCAGUUCAGAUUUCUCAACAAAGCUGCAAUCAUAACAUCUGAAGAUCAAAUAAACCCAGAUGGAUCAGCUGCAAAUCCAUGGAGACUUUGCGAUAUUCAACAAGUUGAGGAAGUGAAAUGCUUGUUAAGAGUGAUCCCAGUUUGGAUUGCAGGCAUCAUCUACUUUGUUUCUGUGGUCCAACAGCAAAACUACGCUGUAUUUCAGGCCCUUCAAGCAGACAGGCGGUUUGGCAAAAGCAAGUUCAAGAUCCCUGCAGCUUCUUACAUCGUAUUCGCGAUGUUAAGCCUUACAAUCUGGAUACCAAUUUGGGAUAGAAUCGUAGUUCCAUGGCUGAGGAAACGCACAGGACAUGAAGGUGGCCUCACAAUCCUGCAAAGAAUGGGAAUUGGCAUGGCAUUGUCCAUUUUAACCAUGGUUGUAUCAGGCUUGGUUGAAAAUAAGCGACGAGCGACUGCCCUUACUAAGCCAACACUAGGGAUUGAACCACGAAAAGGUGCCAUUUCUUCAAUGUCAGGUUUUUGGCUAACUCCACAAUUGGUUUUUUCAGGGCUGACUGAGGCAUUUACGAUUGUUGGCGAAAAUGAAUUUUUCUACCAGCAAUGCCCUGAAAACAUGAGGAGUAUUGCCAUGGCAUUUGUAUUUGUUGGGAUUGCAGGAUCGAGUUAUUUAAGUAGUUUAUUAUCAUCAAUAGUCCAAAGCAUAACAAGUAGAAGCAAUGGAGAAAGCUGGUUAGCAGAAGAUCUCAAUAUGGGAAAGUUGGAUUACUUCUAUUACUUUAUAGCUGUGCUGGAGCUCCUGAAUUUGAUCUACUUUCUGGUCUGCGCCAAGUAUUACAAAUACAAAGAAACAGACACCACCCCUGAGGUGGCCAUGGAGAAAGUAGUGCAAUCUGAAGAAAAGGCUGUUGUUUGAGAAAUUAAAGAACUUGAGCAGUUUCGGUUAUAAAUAAAUUAAGGGAUGGCAUCCCUUUUUUUUAAAAAAAAAAAAAAAAGAACUUGAGCAGACAGAUGAUAAAGUAUUUGCACCUCCAACCUGGAUCAGUAAUGGGGAAAUGGGAAAGGAAUUUGCCAUUUGCCACAACAUUUUUUUAGUACUGGUCUUUCUGGAAUGCAAUUUUUAGGCAACUAGUCGGAGCCAUUUUUUCUGUGCUCAAAUGUCAUUUGAGCUGUGUUUUACUUUCAACAGCCUGAAAUAAAGAAGAAUGAGUUGCAGUAAUUCAUUAUUCCAAUAAGCCUUGUUAAAUACCCGCUUCGAUUGGCCCUUCCAUGUCUCUAUACUUGAGAAGCAAUAUCUGUGAAAUCUGUAUUACAGGGCGAAUAAGGUAAGGCUUGCUCGCAUGUAAAGUUGAUUGAAUGAUUUUCUCUACUGCAAAAAUGUUCUUUGAGUUUUGGUUCGAUAAAUUCUGUUAAAAGAUU